GAAAGGCAGCUCAACUAAAAAGUGAGCGAGACGGAGCGAGCGAGCGAGGGAGAGAGAGAGAGAGAGAGACCAGAGGGUAGAGCUGCUCCACGCUGGAGUGAGAGGGAGAGAGAGAGAGAGAGAGAGAGAGAGAGAGAGAGAGCUAGAGCGAGAGACACAGGGAGAGAGGGCGGGUGAGAGAGGGACGAGCAGCGAGCGGAGUGGAGCUACACACACAAAGAGAGGAGAAAGUGGAGCAGGGGAGCGUGCGGCGCGCAGGAGAGAGACACAAAAGAACGAGGGGGAAGGAGGCGCGGGGGAGACGGAGGCAUGGAGGAGACGGCCGGGGGGGCCAGGAAGGCCACCAAGAGCAAACUGUUUGAGUUCCUCGUCCACGGAGUGCGUCCCGGCAUGCCGUCAGGAGCCAGGAUGCCCCACCAGGGGGCGCCCAUGGGCCCGCCCGGGCCCCCGUACGGAGCCAGCCCUGCGGUGCGGCCGGGCCUGCCCACCCCCGUCAUCGAGGCCAGCCGCAAGAGACCCGCCCCCUCCCAGCAGGUCCAGCAGCAGGCCGUCCAGAACCGCACCCGGAAGAAGCCCGUCGGAUUCCCGGGAGCCAAUGAGAUGCCGGCAAGACAGAUGGACAUGAGAGAGCCCCAAUCAGAUCCCACGCUCGGAUCAAAUGCCAAGAGAAGGAAAAUGGCGGACAAGAUUCUUCCACAGAGGAUCCGUGAGCUGGUCCCGGAGUCGCAGGCCUACAUGGACCUGCUGGCCUUCGAGAGGAAGCUGGACCAGACCAUCAUGAGGAAGAGGGUGGACAUCCAGGAGGCGCUGAAGAGACCCAUGAAGCAGCAGAAGCGGAAAUUGCGUCUAUACAUCUCCAACACCUUCAACCCAGCUAAACCCGACGCCGACGACUCCGACGGCAGCAUUGCAUCAUGGGAGCUGCGGGUGGAGGGAAAGCUACUGGACGACCCAGGGAAGUUGAAGAGGAAGUUCUCGUCGUUCUUCAAGAGUCUGGUCAUCGAGCUGGACAAGGACCUAUACGGACCUGACAACCACCUGGUCGAGUGGCACCGCACCGCCACCACCCAGGAGACGGACGGCUUCCAGGUGAAGCGGCCGGGGGACGUGAGCGUCCGCUGCACCCUGCUGCUCAUGCUGGACUACCAGCCCCCCCAGUUCAAGCUGGACCCCCGGCUGGCCCGGCUGCUGGGCAUCCACACCCAGACGCGCUCCUGCAUCAUCCAGGCACUGUGGCAGUACGUCAAGACCAACAAGCUGCAGGACUCCCACGACAAGGAGUACAUCAACUGUGACAAGUACUUCCAGCAGAUCUUCGACUGUCCGCGUCUCAAGUUCUCAGAGAUCCCCCAGCGGCUCACCAACCUGCUGCUGCCCCCGGACCCCAUCGUCAUCAACCACGUCAUCAGCGUGGAUCCCAACGACCAGAAGAAGACGGCGUGCUACGACAUCGACGUGGAGGUGGAGGAUCCCCUGAAGAGCCAGAUGAGCAGCUUCCUGCUCUCCACGGCCAAUCAGCAGGAGAUCGCCUCCCUGGACAACAAGAUCCAUGAGACCAUCGAGUCCAUCAACCAGCUGAAGAUCCAGAGAGACUUCAUGCUGAGCUUCUCCAGAGACCCCAAGGGGUACAUCCAGGACUGGCUGCAGUCCCAGAGCAGAGACCUAAAGCUGAUGACUGACGUGGUGGGCAACCCCGAGGAAGAGAGGAGGGCCGAGUUCUACCACGAGCCCUGGUCCCAAGAGGCCGUCAGCCGCUACUUCUACUGCAAGAUCCAGCAGAGAAGACAGGAGCUGGAGCAGGCCCUGGCAGUACGCAACACCUAACCGCCCUCACUACCGGGGCCGUGUGUGUGUGUGUGUGUGUGUGUGUGUGUGUGUGUGUGUGUGUGUGUGUGUGUGUGUGUGUGUGUGUGUGUGUGUGUGCGCGUGUGCGUGUGCGGGUGCGUGUGCGCGUGCGUGUGUGGAAGGUGGUUCUCCAUAUUGUGAUGUCAUCAUCGCGUGACGAUCCUCCUCCGCUUUACAUCAUCGGACAUCAACUUCUGAUUCGGAUCCCGGGAGCACGUUCCACAGAGGCGAUAGAUGAGAUGUGUCUACGGAAAGUCGUCCUCGGUGCGUUGUCAUAGCAACACAUCGCAGGGAAAUGACAGCGUAUAUGAGUUUUUAAACAUAUUGAAUGAUAAGGGGAUGGGGUGUGUGCGUGUGUGUGAGUGUUUGUUCUAGUUAGAGGUGAGCUUUUUGGAGUGUGAACUACAUGAAUUACACCAGCAGAAUGAGAAGAAGUUGGGAGAUGGAGAAAUCCUUUUUUUUUUGUGGUAAUCUAAAUGGUUUUAAAAAGCAGUUAGGGGAUGUUCAGUAUCUAGACUGAUGUGCUUAUUGGCUAAUUCAAUUGUCAACUCCAAACAGUAUUUUCACUAUCCAGACCUUUCGACAGCAGCACUGCUGAUACACGUCACAAUUGCACCCACCGUGCUGUGAUAUUCAAAUUAUAUGAAUUAUUGGAAAAUUUGGAUCAUAAAUGUUUCUGUAAAACAAAAUGGAUAGCUGUCGGAAAGUUGAACGAAGCUUGUAAAAACAAAAACAAAAACGGUUUGGCAUUAUGAUAGCAGGACAUUUAAGAGUGAUAAUUAGGUUUUUAUGAAGUUACUGACUGCCUAUUUAUGAUGUUAUACUUAAAGAAUUAAAGAUGUCUCAAAUGUUUCACCAAAGGUUCAAAAUAUAAGCAGUAUUCGCUGUCUUACACGGAAAAUGAAGGAGCUAAAGACCAGAACCGCUAGUACAUGCAGUAUUUUACAGUACUACUUGGAGUACCGAGUGUUUGUGUGUGUGUGUGACUUUUACUGCAUGCGGAAAUAAUAUCGUGUUUUUCUAAACACCUGAGUAGUAGCAGGCACACUUUCUGAAAAAUACUGCAGGCGCUGAGUUCUGCUGCUUUGGGACGCAGUUUAUAGUUUGUAAUACAAAGUCUCACGGACUGUUGAAAAAAAACGGAAGGGAAAGAUGAAGACUUUUUUAAUAAGAGAUGUGAAUGUAAAUAUUUUUUUUUUCUUAAGACAGCUAACUGUACAGUAUAUGCCUGUUUGUUUGUGUCAUUGUUUGGAGGUCUUGGCCUCGUAUUGCAGUACGGCGGCUCUAAAUACGUAGAAAAGGAACUUUAGCGUUCCACUGUGUGCUGUGGAGCCUAGUCUAACAUGAGAAAAGACUGAAUACUUUUCAAAUGUAACGGGGAAGAACAAGCAACCAAAACACUUUAAAUCAAACGCAAGAAACAGCAGCAUCUCUGGUGAAACACGGGUUAUUACAAGCGGUUUUGAAUUGGCUCAAAUCAAUAAUUGUGACUGAUGCAAUAGCAGAGUUUCACCAGAGGGGCUUCUGUUGAGGAGGUUCGAUUUACCUGUUGGGUUGCUCAUUAACUUUAUUUUGGUCUCCAUGGAAACUCACUAGUUUAGCAGUUAAUCUGCACCUUUCUCCAUUUAUUUUAUUCAUGUUUCACUGUCACCGUUUCUCAGCCAACAGACUCUCUUUGCACUGUGCUGUAGAUUUCCGUCAUGGGGGGGAACUUUCCACCCGGCAUAAACAAGAGUGAUGGGAUAACUCACGAUGACCUAUGCAUGCUUUGUGUAUAUUAAUGAAUACAUUUGAAGCAGUACGUGUACAUAUGUUACGCUGGUUUAGCCGUUUACGUGAUGAGAAGUCAAUUCAUAGCACACUCAUGUAAAAAAAAAAAUGCCUUCUGGAAAGUUUGCCAAAAAUGAUAAUGCUCUACCAGCAAUUUACUGUAGGUGUGAUUUUCAGAAGUGUUUUCGUUAAUAGAACAGUACUCUAAUUAUGUUAACUGCACUCACUAGAGAAGCAGAAAGUCGUUUAAAGCAUCUUAUGUACCUCAGUACUUAGUGUCUGGUAAAAAAAACAAAACAUAUUUUUUGUAAGGCCGUUUAUCAUCACUGUCGUCACAACGGCGUCACUGGUCCGCUGGCUCCCUCUUGUGCAGGAAUAUGGAAACUGCAACUUGCUUCUCAUUCAGAAAUAAUGUGGGGUGGCUGACAGCAUCCUACCACCCGUGUGAGAGUCUCCUCUAAUAAGGCGUUGAUUCAAGUUCAAAGGUCUGUUGCGUUUAGCAGACGUCUGUCACCUGCAUGUGUUUUCUAGGUCUCUAUCCCUGUUUACACUGUCACACCCGUGGUACACCAACACAAAUAAUUACUGUGUCGAGAUUUUAAAUAAACGAAAACGGUUUGCAGAUAAUGUUACAACAAAAAAAAGGGAAAUGUUGACUGUGACCGCCUGGAUGUAAAUAAAGAAGUGAUGCCAAAGUUUGUAAAUGCCA